AUGGCCGCAUCUUCAUCUGGUCAUUCGGACGAGAAGAAGCGGAACAAGCAAGUACCAGAUCCUCUCGUGACAGCCAGUUCAAGCAAUGCAAGUGGCAGCCGUUUGGACAUUGUCUCCAGGACAUUACUUGCUCCGUUUCAGCAUCGUAAACGCGACUCGAGUAAAAUUCUCUCUGACUUACCUCCACGCUCACGCAUUGACUUUGCGACGCUUGGCAGGGCCCCUCUGCGGCUGGGGCUAGGGACGCGGCGAAUAACUUCGCGAGACCUCGAGAUCGUUGAAGCCGCAGGCGAGCUACUCUCUGUGGAAAUCCCGGAACCGCCGUCGCCGAAGUCGGAAGAAUUCGGGGGGGCACCAAGCUUGCUGCGCGGAUUCGAGGCAACAAUUCCUAGCGCGGACAGUGGGCGGACAAGGAGAAGGAUGACAAGAAGCGUAGAGGUGCCGCGGAUAGGACUGAAGAAGUUGGGAGCGGGGGCGCGGGGGUUAAUGUUGGACGAAGAGAGCGAGGAAGAUGUGGUGGUGGUCAGACAGGGAGACCGGGGAAGAGGAAAGAAGGGGCGGAAGAAGCGAGGCAGGGAGAGUUUAAGUGCGAACAAAGUGUUCGGCAAGGAUGAGUUGGAGAGACAGACACAUGAAAUCUUAAAGGAUAAAGAAAAUUUACAUGUCCGCAGAAGUCUUGUGACAAACGAGAUCACAGAGAUCACCAACAAAAUCGACGUAUUAGAUGCCAUUCGCGCAAAGUUGGAAGAUGACCUUUUGAAACUUCACGAGGAUGAGCUAGAGCUAGACGAUGAACUUGAAAUGGUUAAGGAACGUAUAGAGGCAGAAUCUGCUAGUCACCAAAGAGGAGCCUCGCAGCCACCACAUAUUCAAAGUUCACGGAGACGUAAAGGUCCAGUCUUCUUACCAUCCGAACACGAUGAACUUCCACCCGGGGUCGCGUUCAUGACUCUCGAAUGCGGCAACGCACCCGUAUGUGCUCUUGAUUUAUCGGAACCGUAUGGUACACUGGUCUCCGCAACUCAGGAUGACACUCAACCGCGAGUUUGGGACCUUCUCACAGGCGAAGAGUUGGGCCGCCUAAGAGGGCAUACUGGCCCAGUCAAGUGUGUACAGAUCGAGGAACACAUAUGUCUUACUGGGAGCGAAGACGGAAACAUCAGAGUGUGGGAUCUCAGACAAGUGGAUGAAGAUGACUGGGAAGGCGGGAUGGUGCAUUUGAGUGAUGUAGUAGAGGAGGCGGAGGAAGAAAAUGCGGAGGGAGAUGUGGUAGUGGAGAAGCCGAAUGGGAUCAGGGACAGCGAGCAUGGGUCGGAGCAUGAGCGGCAAGGGGCUUCCAUGCGGGUGUUGGAGGGGCAUAGUAAAGCCGUGACGACGCUGUAUUUCGAGGAUGAUACACUGGUCACCGGUGCCUCGGAUAAGACACUUCGACAAUGGGACCUUACCACAGGACAAUGCGUGAUGACCAUGGACAUUCUGUGGGCCAUUUCACAUCCCGCCACUGCCCACGGUGGACAAUUGCCCAACAGCAUCUUCACUGGUGCCGCGGCUGCUGCGGGGACGUUCGCAGUGCCCACGCCUCCUUAUAGCGAUGGCAGCUGGGAACUGUAUCAGGACUUUGUAGGAGCGGUGCAGUUCUGGGGUUAUGCGCUUGUAAGUGGGAGUGGAGAUGGUGCUGUCAGGAUGUGGGACAUGCGUACUGGACAGGCACAUCGAACACUCUUGGGACAUACAGGCCCAGUCACCUCCUUACAGUUCGACGAGAUGCAUGUUGUCAGCGGAAGCUUGGAUAAGUCCAUCAGGAUAUGGGACCUGCGCACUGGUGGCAUAUUCGAAACGAUCAAGUUCGAUCACGCGGUCACUGCGCUUCAGUUCGACAGUCGAAAGAUUGUCGCCGCCGCUGGCGAGAACGGUGUUAAGAUGUACAACCGGACGUCAAUGCAGCAUUCUACGCUACUCACAAAUGGACACACUCGGCCCAUUGAGCGGUUGCGGUACAUAGACCGUUACCUUGUGUCAGGAGGCCGGGACUCGAUGGUGAAAAUUUGGGCUUUGUGAUGGACUUUAUCGUUCAGGACAAUACGCUACUUUGGCUUGAAUUUAUCCUCGCUUCAAAUGAGAACCAUCAAGGACUGAUUUCGAUGCAGAACAUUCCGCGAUGGACAAACCUCCGUGUACCAUACAUCUACGCAUAAAGAUUCCGAUAGCUUAUUGUUAGACAAUGAGCGAAUAUUAGCUGGGAAUGGUUAGACUGCCCCGUUCCUGUGGAAUCUGGUGGUAGCCAAGUCGAUUCGUUA